CAGCCCAGUAUGCCGCUGCUAUAUCUAUCUCUCCCCUUCUUGAAACCCUUGUGCGGCAUACUUCCCCAAUCUUUCGCAAUCCCCUCUCUAUCUAUAACAUAAUUCUCUCAAAUCCCUCUGCACCUGCACCCUGAUUCUCGGCACAAUUCCCCAUCAAUUUUCCCCCAGUCGGAUUGUAGUGUCCCGAAUCGGAGACCCUUUUGAUUUUUUUUUUUUUUUCAUUAAUUUCUCUACGUAUACGCAGUUAUCUGUAUAGAGGUCGGUGAUCAAAAAGGGGCACGAUUAUGGAGGAUGAUUACUACAUGAGCGGUGGCAGUGAGGAGGAGGAUGAUUGCUAUUCAUCCGAUCGAGAAGGAGAAUCGCUCGACAAUCUCGAGAAUGAAGAGUCCGACAUCCAGUGGGCCCAGGCAAAACCCCCGUCGUCCAAGGUCAUCACAAGAGAGUCCCUGUUGGCUGCACAGAGGGAAGAUUUACGGAGGGUAAUGGAGUUGCUAUCAGUAAGAGAGCAUCAUGCAAGAACUCUUCUCAUUCAUUAUCGAUGGGAUGUUGAGAAACUAAUAUCAGUUUGUGUGGAGAGGGGAAGAUCUUUUAUGUUUUCCCAAGCAGGUGUUACUGUUGAACAUAUUGACCUUGACCCACUAGAAUCCUCCUCUAUGGUGAUGUGCAAUAUCUGUAUGGAUGAUAUACCUGCAAAGGAUGUGACCAAAAUGGACUGCGGCCAUUGCUUUUGCAACGACUGUUGGACAGAGCAUUUCAUUGUCAAAAUAAACGAGGGACAAAGCAAAAGGAUCACAUGUAUGGCACAUAAAUGCAAUGCCAUCUGUGAUGAAGCUAUUGUCAGAAAGCUUGUUAGUGUGAGGCAUCCUAAUUUAGCAGAGAAAUUUGAUCGAUUUCUUCUGGAGUCGUACAUUGAAGACAACAAAAUGGUGAAAUGGUGUCCCAGUGCACCACAUUGUGGGAAUGCAAUCCGGGUAGAAAAUGAUGAAUUUUGUGAGGUAGAAUGUUCUUGUGGUUUUCAGUUCUGUUUCAGUUGUUCAUCAGAAGCCCAUUCACCCUGUUCAUGCAUGAUGUGGGAGCUGUGGACAAAGAAAUGUCGUGAUGAAUCUGAGACUGUCAACUGGAUUACUGUACAUACAAAGCCUUGUCCGAAGUGCCACAAACCUGUUGAGAAGAAUGGUGGUUGCAACCUAGUGAGCUGCAUAUGUGGCCAAGCAUUUUGUUGGCUUUGCGGUGGAGCUACAGGCCGAGACCAUACUUGGUCCCAUAUUACUAAUCAUAGCUGUGGUCGUUAUAAAGAAGACAGUGAACAGAAAGCAGAGCGUGCAAAGCGAGAUCUUUAUAGAUACAUGCACUAUCAUAGUCGCUAUAAAGCUCAUACAGACUCCUUUAAGCAGGAGAACAGGCUUAGGGAAACAAUAAAGGAUAAGGUAUCAAAUUUGGAAAAAAAGGAGUCACAAUUAAGAGAUUUUAGCUGGGUUACAAGUGGUCUUUACAGGCUCUUCAGAUCAAGACGGGCUCUUUCAUACUCAUAUCCUUUUGCAUUCUACAUGUUUGGUGAUGAGAUCUUCAAGAAUGAAAUGACCCAAGAGCAAAGUGAAAUAAAGCAGCAUUUAUUUGAAGACCAGCAGCAGCAGCUUGAGUCAAAUGUUGAGCAGCUAUCGAAAUUUCUUGAGGAGCCAUUUGAUGAGUAUUCUGAGGAACGAAUCAUGCAUAUAAGGAUGCAAGUGAUUAAUCUUACUGUGAUCACCGACAACCUGUGCAAGAAAAUGUAUGAAUGUAUUGAAAAUGACUUGUUGGGCUCGCUUCAAUAUUCAAUUCACAUUAUUGCUCCUUACCAGUCUAAAGGCAUUGAGAAGGCAGAAGAGCUGAUUGUUGGAAGGAACAUACAGGCCAAUGGCAAUUGUCAGAAGGUUGCUGAUGUACCCAAUGAAGUGACAGAUACAGGUGAAGCAUCUUCAUCGGCAAAUUCAAAUGAAAGUCUAUUAUUGUCACGGAAACGUCCUAGACAAGGCAGUAGUUCUGUACACAACAAUGUAUUUGAUCUCAACUUGCCUGCGGACUCCUGAAGACAGUUCUGAAGUUAGCGGAGGAUGAAGAUGAUGAUUCAGGACAUUCGAUGGAGAAAAAGAUAUAUAUAUAUAUAUUAUAUUCCUGGAAUAUGUAUAUAGCCUUUUAAUUUUUGUUAGACUCGGACGUGAAUGAGAAUAAUUGUGUAGAACCUCCAUUGAAAUGCUGAAAAUAAUAUUUAUUAUUUUAAUUAUUUAAUUGUUCUCAUA